AACAGCUGUUAAAUUAAUAUAAAAUAUUGGACUUCCCUCGACUAUUAUUCAGUAUCGAAGGUCAACCGACGAAAACAUGAAGUGUAUUAUCCUUCUUCUUGCGGUUUGCGUUGCAUCGCUCCAGGCCCAACCAUUCUAUCCAGGCUAUGGCCUAGGUGUUGGUAUGGGUGGUGGUCGCGGCGGUUACCUGAAUGGGGGUGGAUAUGGUGGGGGCCGGUACAACGGCGGCGCAAGUGGCCUUAACAACGCUGGCUACGGCGGAUCCAGACUGGGCGGUUUCCACAACCUUGGCGCUCAUCAUAACAGCGUGACAUCUCUUAACCGUGCCGACAACUCUGGUUUUCACAAUAUUGGUGGUGGGGGCCGGCGCACCAAUGGUGGUUACCUUGGCAACGGCUACAACAAUUACUUGAACGGUGCCAAUGGCUAUGGCAAUGGCUACGGCAUGGGCGGAGGCGGAAGUGGAUUAAUUCUUUAAAAAAAUCCUUCUUCAAUUUUUGAAUAAAUAAAUUGUGCAUUUUU